CCAUUUCCUCGCUGCGCCCCUGGCGGAGCCGGGUUUGCCUGCUCUCGGCCGCCGCCGCCGCCACCGUCGUCGUCGCGCGAGUCGGCCCGCCAAGAGGACUGGAGGGGAAACCAGGUCACCGGUUGGCACCGCCGGCGCCGAGCAGGGGGCGUCCCCGGGGCCCCGGAGUAAGAUCUGUGGAUUCGUUUCCAGUUGGCUGACCUGCAUGGAUGCCAAGUUCUGCACAUGAUUUAUGAAUAAGAAGGCAAUGUCAGUGAGAAAAAGGAUCCAGAAUGAUUACUAACCUAUGACUCCCAACAGUAUGACAGAAAAUGGCCUUCCAGCCUGGGACAAACCGAAACACUGUCCAGACCGGGAAGAGGACUGGAAGCUAGUAGGAAUGUCUGAAGCCUGCCUGCAUAGGAAGAGCCAUGCAGAGAGGCGCAGCAGCACACUGAAGAAUGAGCAAUCCUCACCACACCUCAUUCAGGCCACCUGGACGAACUCCAUCUUCCAUCUGGACCAUGACGAUGUGAACGAUCAGAGCGUCUCCAGCGCCCAGACCUUCCAAACAGAGGAGAAGAAAUGUAAAGGGUACAUCCCCAGCUACUUAGACAAAGACGAGCUUUGUGUUGUGUGUGGGGACAAGGCUACAGGAUAUCACUACCGCUGCAUCACCUGUGAAGGCUGUAAGGGUUUCUUUAGAAGAACCAUUCAGAAAAAUCUCCAUCCAUCCUAUUCCUGCAAAUAUGAAGGAAAAUGUGUCAUAGACAAAGUCACUCGAAAUCAGUGCCAGGAAUGUCGCUUUAAGAAAUGCAUCUAUGUUGGCAUGGCAACGGAUUUGGUGCUGGAUGACAGCAAGAGGCUGGCCAAGAGGAAGCUGAUAGAGGAGAACCGGGAGAAGAGGCGGCGGGAGGAGUUGCAGAAAUCCAUAGGGCACAAGCCGGAGCCCACAGAUGAGGAGUGGGAGCUCAUCAAGACCGUGACUGAAGCACACGUGGCCACCAAUGCCCAGGGCAGCCACUGGAAGCAGAAACGGAAAUUUCUGCCAGAAGACAUUGGACAAGCACCAAUAGUAAAUGCCCCAGAAGGCGGGAAGGUGGACUUGGAAGCCUUCAGCCAUUUUACAAAAAUCAUCACACCAGCGAUCACCAGAGUGGUGGAUUUUGCCAAAAAGUUGCCUAUGUUUUGUGAGCUGCCAUGCGAAGACCAGAUCAUCCUCCUCAAAGGCUGCUGCAUGGAGAUCAUGUCCCUCCGAGCCGCUGUGCGCUAUGACCCAGAAAGUGAGACUUUAACCUUGAAUGGGGAAAUGGCCGUGACACGGGGCCAGCUGAAAAACGGAGGUCUUGGGGUGGUGUCAGAUGCCAUCUUCGACCUGGGCAUGUCUCUGUCGUCUUUCAAUCUGGAUGACACGGAAGUCGCCCUUCUUCAGGCCGUCCUGCUGAUGUCCUCAGAUCGCCCAGGGCUGGCCUGUGUGGAGAGAAUAGAGAAAUACCAAGACAGUUUCCUGCUGGCCUUUGAACACUAUAUCAAUUACCGAAAACACCACGUGACACACUUUUGGCCAAAACUCCUGAUGAAAGUGACAGACCUGCGGAUGAUUGGAGCCUGCCACGCCAGCCGUUUCCUCCACAUGAAGGUGGAAUGCCCCACAGAGCUCUUCCCCCCUUUGUUCUUGGAAGUGUUCGAGGAUUAGACUGGAUUCAUUCUCAUAAUUCCUACAGCACUGCUGGGUGUCAUUUCAUUCCAUUGCCUAAGCUCUCUGUUUGUUUCCUUGUUUCUUUGUGUCUGGAGGGAGUGUGUGAGGGGAAGGGAGGAAGUCCUGGCCUAGACAUGGAUGAAAUUGCCCCUCAAAUGCGGGUACUUGUCACUAUUGCAUUUAGUUCUCCUGUCCUUGGAUGUGAAUGCUUUGAAGGUUUCACAGCAGUGGAAGUAGAGGUGGGGUGGGGAACGACCAUUUCACCAGCAUUAAGCCAUCACCAGCUCCCACCUGUCCCUAGUCAGAGACCUGAGCAAGAAGAAAAGCACUGCAGAAGACUAAAGAAGCCUUAAAACCAAGACAAUCUAGUUAGUCUAAUCCAAUCCUGAUCCUUUUUUGGGCUCAACAAACAGAAAUCACCCACUAUUAGUUAGAUGUGACCUGUAGCUUUUUAAGGGAAGAUUCAAACUAAUUUUCACUCUUCGGGAGCGUGUUGCUUUCGGUAUUCUUCUUCCCUCCUAGCCACAUAACUUAGAAUGCAUAGGAAUAUUGCAUCCUGACAUAUCAGCUGUCCUUUCCAUAUCAUUUUUGAAACUUUUAUGAUUCAAGUUGCACAAGAGAGUGGCUCUAAGGUGUGCAGGAAUUUGACUGGUUGGGGCCACAGGAAAAUAACUUUUUUUAGUGAGCCCCUCCCCCAAAUUAGGAAUCUUUACCAAUGUCAGUGACUCUGUAGUUUCCAAACCUUCUCCUCACAGCAGGAAAACUUCAGGAAGACUUGUCCGAUGGGUUUAGGCUCCCA